AUGACCUCCACCAUACUCCCCCAACACGCACCUUCCUCGGUCGCUUCCAACAAGCGUCCCGCUUCACCUUCCCUCGAAAACAACACGGUCAAGCGCGCACGUGAGGACUCAUCUCCCUCGUCUCCCAAGAAGGACGCUGCCAAGCCCACCGUUGACAAGAAAAAGAUGGACGACAAUGUCGAGACUGGCAGCACCGGUGAUGCCGGACCUUCGACUGGCGCGACUAUCUCUGCGCCUCCCACCUCCAUUCCCGCGACCCCAGCCAAGCCUUCGGGAGACUCGAACCCCACGGCCCAGCAGAUUUCGAUGCGCGCUCUGAUUGUCACCCAGGACGCGUCCGUCAUCAUCGGUCGUGCUGGUGCUCACGUCAAUGAGAUUAGGGAGAAGUCUGGUGCCCGUGUGACCAUCUCCGAGUCGAUCCCUGGCAACCCCGAGCGGAUAUUGAACGUCUUUGGCGCUCUCGACGCCGUCUCCAAGGCGUUCGGCCUCAUCGUCCGCCGCAUUAACGACGAGCCUUUUGACGUCGCGUCGGUCCCCGGCUCGCGCGCCGUCACUAUCAAGUUCAUCAUCCCCAACUCGCGCAUGGGCAGCGUCAUCGGCCGCGGCGGCUCCAAGAUCAAGGAGAUCCAGGACGCUUCGGGUGCGCGUCUGAACGCGUCCGAGGUCAUGCUCCCUGGCUCGACCGAGCGCGUCCUCUCUGUGUCGGGCGUCGCGGACGCGAUCCACAUCGCUGUGUACUACAUCGGCACGAUCCUUCUCGAGUACCAGGAGCGCAACCCCGGCCCUCCUGGCGGUGCCUACCGCCAACAGCCUGGCGGCUUCCAGCCACCCACGAGCGGCUACAGCGCUCCUCCUCACCGCGGCAGUACCAGCAGCGGCAGUGGCGGCGCUGGCGCUGGGGCCGGCGGAGCGCCUCCUCCUCCUGACGCCGGCUCGCAGACACAGCAGAUCUUCAUCCCCAACUCGCUUGUCGGCGCCAUUAUUGGAAAGGCCGGUGUCAAGAUUAACGAGAUCCGCGCUCAGUCGCAGUGCCAGAUUCGUGUCACCGAGCCCGGAACGGCGCCCGGCCCGGGCCAGGUCGCCAACCCGGAUGAGCGUCUGGUUACCAUUACGGGUCAGCCCAGCAACAUCAACAUUGCUGUACAGAUGCUCUACCACCGCUUGGAGUCGGAGAAGGCCAAGGCUGCUCAGGGUGGCGUCUAG